UGCGGACGUAAACACGUCUCUUUCCAUUCGCCAUCACUAUUAUAUUCGGCAAACCGUGAAUUUCUACCUUUGAAAAAAAUCAAAGUGUGCCUCCUUCUCCGCUCGUGUGUUGCUGCAUGUGUUUGUGGUGGCGUGUAAGUGUGCAUUUGAUAGGGUGAUGCUUGGUUCGAUCGGUGCAGGAAGCACCAUUCGCAUCGCGACGACAACCGGUGGUCUCUGGCCGGGUCCAACGGGAAAACAACGGUGUUAGUGUAUAGGAUUUGGGCGAUCGCUUCCUCCCCGAUCACGGUGGGGUGGCCUUUCCUGGUCACCACUUAGCGUGUGUGUGUGUUGAGUGUGUGAUCUUUCCCGUGUGUGAACCCAUCUCCUUUCCGCCCAUCCAUUCCUUCCAUCCGCCCGUUCAUCGCUGGUCGUGUCCCUGCAAAACCCGAUUUGCAAAUCAGCCGGCCAGUGGAGUGACCCAAUCCCACCACCACCGUCACCAGCGUUUCUCCGGCCAGAUCGAACAGCCGUCACAAUACGAUCGCACCGCACCGCACCGUUAGUUAGUUAGCGGAUCGGCGUGAGGAGGUGAAAACUCUCACUUUUUCUGCUCACUGCUGGAUUGUUUGGUUUGCCUCGAUUCCGCUACACCGCGGUGGUUUGAGCAGCUGAGCGCUGAACUCGUACAACCGCGUCGACCGCGGGCCCCGUAGCGCCACCCAAGCCGCCUAAGCAGCUGAUCGAGGAAACGUGCCGCGUGGAGGCGAGCAGGCAGACAGGCAGACAGGCAGGCAGUUGGUGCCGUUCGCCCGGGAGAAGCUCAAGAGAACCGCCAUCAAUUGAAUUCUUCUCCAAACAAUGGCUGCACGUAUCUUGAUUGUCACGGGGCUUCUGGCAGCAUCGUGCUGUUCUGCUUCUGAUAUUCUAAUGAUAACGAUGGGCGGCACUAAGUCGCAUAAGAUACCGUUCCUGGAACUCGCCAAAGGUCUUAUACCAAGAGGACAUAAUGUCACCUUCUUGAACGGAUUUCCGGCGGAUUUUACAUUCAACGGAUUGCAAGAAGUUACUCCAUCCGGCCUGGUGGAGUACAUAAGAAACUACACAAAUUGGGACUUGCUGGGUGCCCGAAUGCGAGGCGAUCUACCACUCUCUGUCUGGGAUGUUUUCCGCUUCCCGUGGCAGAUCUGUGAUGCAACGCUUGAGGACAAAGAAACACUAGACUUAUUAGGGCGUAAGUUUGAUCUUGUGAUUCUGGACGGUGCAUUUCCCGAGUGCGCCUUAGGUCUAGUAUAUCGUCUCGGAGUGCCAUUUAUGUACAUCAAUACCGUUGGAUUCUACACGGGAACUAUGUCUUUAGCUGGUAAUCCAACACCGUACUCUACGACACCCAUUUUUUACCGACCUCUUACGGAUGAUAUGAGCUUCAUAGAACGACUCUCAAACACUGUUUUUUCGGCAAUCUCUCAGACACUUUAUAUUCCUACUAUGCUAACCCUGCAGCAUAUGGUUCGACGACAUCUCGGAUCAGAUAUUCCUAUUACAUGGAACCUAGCUCGCAACGUGAGCUUUAUUCUACAAAAUGGACAUGCAACUGUCACUUAUCCCAGGCCCCUUUUACCAAAUGUGGCCGAGAUUGCAUGCAUUCACUGCAAAACGGCAUCGCCGCUACCCAAAGAUCUGGAAGACUUCAUAGUGGGGUCUGGUGAGUCAGGAUUCAUUUACGUAUCGAUGGGUUCGUCUGUGAAGGCGGCCAAUAUGCCCGAUCAUUUGCGAAAGCUUCUGGUGCAAACAUUCGCCCGGUUACCCUACCGUGUGCUAUGGAAAUAUGAGGCAAGCCCUGCGCUUCUAACAGAUUUGCCAGAGAAUGUCAAGAUCGGUCGAUGGCUUCCGCAGCAGGACAUUCUCGGUCACCGAAAACUACGAGCUUUCAUCACACAUGGUGGUCUGCUGAGCAUGUUUGAAACGGUGUUCCACGGUGUCCCGGUAGUGACCAUGCCUGUGUUCUGCGACCACGACUCGAAUGCAGCCAAAGCGGUAGCUGAUGGAUAUGCGUUAAAACUGGACCUCGAAACACUUACCAGUGAGAGAUUGGUCAAAGCGAUUCAUAAGGUUAUCCAUGAUCCCAAGUACCGGAAAGCAGCUAAAUUCCGUCAGCAGUUGCUGAAAGACCAAAGAUCUACACCAUUGGAUACGGCAGUAUAUUGGACAGAGUAUGUCAUCCGACAUAAUGGUGCUUACCACCUACAAAGCCCAGCCCGACAUUUGAACUUCUUCCAGUACUACUGCCUAGACCAAAUCAUCUUCUUCAUUGGCGUGGUGUAUCUUAUUCGUGCAAUGACCCGGAUCAAUCUUAGGCAAAGAAUAGUACAGCUAGCAAAGGAAAAACUACAUUAAGCUGCUAAUGAUCAUUUUCAAAAUGCCAACAAAAAACCAAUAAUGCUGACCCAAAAAACAUUUGAACAUGAAUAAGCGAUAAGCUGAGCUUCGGACUGGGCAUGCUUUUUGCACAUUAAAUAUGCUCUGUUAAGCCUAUUUUGCGUUUUUGUGGAUUAAGGAAGAUUGUUUUUCGUAGGAAAUGCUUAAAAUCGUAUUUAUGAAUUACAACAAAACAUGUACAAAGUGUAGUAUCGUCCUUUCAAUUAAUAUCCAGUUUUUUAACUGAUUCACACCUUUCAAACAAUUUUUACUUUCAGUUUAAUGUGUUAUGCUAUUGAGCAACAAAACAAAAACGAAGCUCUCACAUCGAUAAAUGAAAAAGUUCAUCGAAGUAUAGAUCGAGCUGAAUAAAAUUCAAUAACUGCAUCAUAACAAAUCACAAUCAAAUUCAUAUUUUGCUAAGGGCAUAAUUUUGCCCAUACUUUAUGAAGCCAGCAUGAAACAUGUACGAAACAACUAUAUUCAUGCGUAUUAUUGGAGCAUUUAUGGAUUUCAAGCUAAGCAUUGUGAUAGACAUAGAACAUUUAACGGGAUCGGUUGGAAUGAUUUUGUUGCUCUAAGAAUAGAUAACUAAAUACAUUAUUAGGGUGUACAUACACAAUUGGUAUGACUAAUAACGGUAAAACAUAUUUAUGGGUACGGGAACACUGGGCAAGCUAAUGUUUUAUACUGUCAAUGAUAGAGUAAGAAAACUGAGCAAACUCUAUGUUGUAUUAAGAGAAAGGUAUGAUGUUUUAAAUUGUCAUGGAGACGAAUGAUUUUGUAUCUAGUGUUCGCACACCUUUUCUUUCGUCAUAAGCAAUUGAAAUGUAAGUGAUUUGUCUGUAGUGGUAGUCUAUAAACUGGAAUUCGAAUAAAGUAUGUUUGAAAAUA